CCUUGCUCACUCCUGUCUAGAGAAGAUUGACGCCAGGGCAUGGAAUGUGUCCCUCUGUUUUGCCUUCACCUUCUUUCCAUAGCCCAACUUGCCUGACUGACGGGCAAUGGCCUUCCCCCUCCCGCGGGGCAUUACGCCCCCGGAGAUCUCCUUCCUUGCCGAGAUGGAGAUGGUCACUAUCCUGCCGCGUCAGCGUCUCGAAGGCUUAGAGUUGCUUGGUGGCCCCGUUGAGCCUCUCAUUCCUCCUCGCCGCGCCUCUGUUCCCCUCUGGCUAGCUCUCCUCCUCAAACGCCAACGCCGCGCGAACAUCCUCCCUCCAUCCUGGCUCCACCCGGAAUCCCUCUCCUUCAUCCUCGACAUCGAGACCCAAUACGAAGAAUAUAAAGAAACCUUCUCUCCUCCCCCACCUCUACCAGGGCAACCGUUUCUCCAUGACCGUGGCGAGCGAGCCGUCGCCACCCCACGCUUCACCCCAGACGGCGACAAAUAUUACCCCGCGCCGCCCUUUCUACCGCAGAAUGUCGCGCGCGACCAUGUCCCCGCCCAAGAGCUGCAGACGCUUCCCUUCCACUGGCUCGAAGUAGGCAAUAUGCUUCUCGAGGCCGCCAGCGAAGACCUGGUGGACCCCGAUCAGACCCGCCGGCUGCUGAAGGAGCUGCGAGAGGUGCGCAUGGCCAAGAUCCGGUCCGGAGUGGACGCGCUGGAUGCCGCCGCGAUGGGCGGAGGCGGAGUGGCACUGACAGGUGUUGGAGCAAUUGAGCUCGGUGAGGGACGGAGGUUCAUCUCGGGGGUGAUCGAUGGGCUCCGACGUAUUGGCGCAUCCAGAGAGCAGGCUCGGAGGGAGGAACUGGCGGAAGAGAUGGCUAAUGGUGGAUACGAUGCAACGCAAGACGAUGACGAUGAAAUGGAGUUCUAGAACUCGCGAGACGACCCUCCUUUUGACCCAGUGCCCAUCCAUGGUCGGCGUUACGGAGACUUACAGUAAAUUAUUGGCAUUUGCAAGACCCAUGUGGAAACGUCCUAUGUAUAUAUACCCUUAUAGUCGUUCGAUAACAGAUUUACUAUAUCGC